AUGGCUGGCCCCUCUCACCACCCGGUCCACGUCCACGCGGCCCGACCGCUGUAUCGCUUUACUGCCACUGCUCUGGGCGCCAGCAUGUGGUUCUUCCUCAUGUACCGUGCCAAGAAGGAUGGUGCUGUCUUGUUGGGCUGGAAGCACCCUUGGGAUCACUAG